UCGACAGCUGACAGUUCUGUGUCAAAGAUCAAAGUAAUUGCUAAAUAUUUUGUAGAUUUCUGUGAAAUAGAAAAUUACUGAAAAUUUAUAAAUUGUCCUACAGCAUUUUUUUCAUUGCGAAUUGAUAAACAUCAUUUUUGUAACCACAAUGACAAUGGGUGAUGAACUACCUGUUACUUCUUUAGUUUUACCCGUCCUCAUACGUCCCGUUUUAACACAGUUGGAGAAGUAUGAUUUGGGUGCUUCUCAAACACUUCGUGCUGCUCUUACAAAAGCAGAGGCAGCAGUGCCUGGCCUCAACUAUGACCUGGUGGCAGGAAUCAUGAGGAGAGCUGAUAUACCUGUGAACAUGAAUGAGAGUUUGCUACGGCUUCAAGGAACCUUAACAGAAGCUGAAUGUGCAGACUUAAGAUUGAACAGGACUGAGGAAGCAUUCCAAGAAUUGAAUAAGAAGUCUACAGCCUUGAAGAAAAUCCUGAGCCGAAUCCCUGAUGAGAUUACUGACCGCAAGACUUUUUUGGAGACAAUCAAAGAAAUUGCUUCCGCAAUUAAGAAAUUACUUGAUGCUGUAAAUGAAGUAUCCACAUAUACACCGGGUACUGGUAAACAGGUUCUAGAACAGAGGAAGAGAGAGUUUGUGAAGUAUUCCAAAAGGUUCUCCAAUACUCUGAAGGAAUAUUUCAAGGAGGGACAGGCUAAUGCAGUUUUCGUCAGUGCUUUAUACCUGAUACACCAGACCAAUCAAAUCUUGUACACUGUUAAAAGUAAGUCUGAGUAAAAUUCUAAGGAAACAGAAAACAGUAUUUAAAAAUAUAUACAUUUUAACCAAUUAUAUUGUAUUAUGUAAAUGAUUAUAUUACAAAUAUUAUAUUAUUAUAACAUUACUUUUGUUGUUAAUAAGUUGGGCACCUUAGUAUAAUUUUCUGUUAAUAUGUUUUUGGUCCAUGGGUAGGGAAUUAUUGUAAACAAAACAUUACUAUGUAAAUAAUAAUUAUAUAAAAAUAUGCAAUGCCCUUAUAUAAUAAGGUUUGGUAAAAAGGUGUGUAAGAACACUCAUUGUUAAAUCUUUGAUUUAUUGAGAAGUACAUAAAAGUAACAAUCUUAAUGAAUGUUCUGUUGUAAUGCACAUAUAAAUCUAAAAUUAUAGAUUGGAUGGUAUAUUUAGAUAUUUCACUUGAGAAAUAAAUAUAGCUAUUUUUUAGUAUUUAGAUAAAAUUGUAUAGUACCAGUUUGUUUUUGCUUAUUAUCACGGAAAAUGAAUACUGUUGAAAGUCAUUCCUUGAUAUAUUAUUAUCACUUAGUUAUACUUCAGUAGACCAAACAUGUAGCAGCUAAGCGAUAAUAGAUUUGGUUUGGAUUAAGUACAGUUACUUUUUUAUAGUUCACAUAAACUUCUAAAUUUUAUUAGACAAUCUAUGAUCAUUAUUAAAUUCAAAGAAAAUUCAUGCGGAAAGUUUGUUCUGCUAGUUACUAAUCUUGUUCUAGGAGAUUUCUAUUAAAAGCAUAUUUAUAAGACUUUAAAUUGUCAAUAAUUUUGCAUAACGAGCAAUUUCUAUGUUGAAUUGGUUAUAGUUUGACCAAUACCGCUGUAGACUGUAUGGAGCCGAGAAAAUAAGAGCAUGAGUGCCAAAUAAGAUCGAUAUUCGAAUCGGAUAUACAGAGCGCAACAACUGAUGCUUCUCUCGCCCGCCGCGUGAAUCUACGGCGCGGUAUAAUCCCAAGCACGAAACUUUGCAAGAUUUGGUAAAUUCGCGCAUUGUGUAUUGUCUUGUUAAUAAAUAUUUCUUAUUUUAACUUUUAACACAAUUUCCUUAUUGUAUCCUUUCGUUAACUUUCUUUCGAGUUGAAACAUUAAAUAAGAUUAAAUGGUCGCACAAGGCAGUGACUAUAAAACAAUGAGAUAUUACACAAUGCGCACAACCCGCACCAUGACAAUGUCAUGUUACCUGUCGGGUACUAAGUAUAUAGCAGUAUCGGUCAAGCUAUACUUACAUAUUUUAGUCGACUUUAGUUGGUGUAUUGCUAUAAAAUUACAUGUGGUUAUUAUACCUAAAUAUGUUAUUGUAACAAUUAGGUACUUUUGUUCUAUGUUCAAAUGAUUGUCCUAAAAAUAUUGUACUAGUUACUUAAAUCACGUUUUUUUUAUUUCAAUAUGAAUAAAGUGCAAGUAAAUAAAGGUUAUAUGUUGUUA